UAAAAAAUGAUCGUACUGAAGAAAAUAAAUUAAAAUGAAAUAUUGAUAAUUAAUUUUUGAGUUUAAUAUAAAUACAAUAUUAUAUAUGGUGAUUAUAGUGAAAUCUUAAUGAAAAUAUGAUUUUAAUAAUAACAACAAAUCACCAGCAAGUUUAAAUUAAAUUAUAUAAUAUCACAGCUAACUAAAUAUGGCAAAAUCACAAAGAAAUUCUCAGCAUCCAAGUAGAGCGGGCUCUUCGGGUUCCUCGUCAUCGCCCAGUAAUUUACCACGUAAACGCUUCAAACGAUGCUGCCGAAAUUUUGUCACCUUUAUGUGCACACAAGUGGGUGUGGGAGCUCUUAUAGUUAUAUAUGCCAUAUGUGGUGCCUUUUCCUUUAUGCACAUAGAACUGCAAUAUGAAGACAAUACACCAACUGAGGUAGACGAAUUGCGCAGCAAUUGUGCCCAAGAACUCUGGAAUAUAACGGAAAAAUUCAAUACAUUCAAUAGAUCAGAGUGGCAAAGUAGCACCGAUAUUGCAUUACAGCAAUAUCAAAUACGAAUAGCAGCAAUAAUUAAAUCUGGUUAUGAUUUUCGUAAACCCAGUGAUAUUUGGUCAUUUCCGGCGGCCCUAAUGUUUUGCCUCUCCGUCAUCACAAUGAUUGGUUAUGGCAACAUGGUGCCCAGAACUCCAUGGGGCAAAGGUUUCACAGUCAUCUAUGCCACAUUUGGCAUACCUCUGUAUAUAUUGUAUUUCCUCAAUAUGGGCAAAGUAUUGGCCAGAUCGUUCAAGUUUCUAUAUCGCAGCCUACAUGAAUGCACUCAGGAUCGCGAUAGCAAUAUAGAUCGGCGUUUAGAGGCAUUGGAAAGUGGCAGUUUAGCAAUAUUGCAGCGUAAAAAGAUUAUUGUGCCAUCCACAGCUUGUUUGUGGGUGAUUAUAUUCUACAUACUAACCGGCACCAUAAUGUUUGCCAAUUGGGAAAAGUGGUCGUUCCUCAAUUCGUUCUAUUUCUGCAUGACUUCCUUGUGUAAAAUCGGUUUUGGUGAUUUUGUGCCUGGUGCUUCGCUGGUGACGCCUUCGCACAUAGCAGAAGCUCGUAAAAAAGUCAAAGAGGAUGCCACCAUAGAUCCAAAUCUUGUAUCGGACUUGCAGCAAUCCAUAACAGAUCAACACUCAAAAUUAGCCAUAAAUUUUAUAUACAUGCUAAUUGGCAUGGGCCUGGUGGCCAUGUGUUAUAAUUUAAUGCGCGAGGAGGUUCGUGUUAAACUAAAGGAAAUGAAAGAGGAUACAAAACUAUGUUUAGAAGACACGCGCCUACGAUUUAUGGGCUGCUGUAAUGGUGCUAAUAAUGGCCAACGUGAUUUCUAUGAAGAUGAUUACUACUAAAAACAACAUACCAGCUAUAAUUAAUUUUUUUUACAUAACGUUAAGGAAACCAAAAAUCACCAAACGCAUUCUAAAGUUUUAUUUAUAUCAUCGGGUUGUGUUUGAUGUUAAAAUUGAAAACUUUUAGUUUGAAAAACAAUUAUGUUUGUUUGUGUAAAUAAAUAUCCGUUCAUAUAGAGUAUUCAUUCACCUAUUUUAUCUGACAUUGAUGAUCUCGCGUUUAAUGCUGUUGCUGUUUGUUUAUUCAUGAUUGCUAUCUAUAUAUACUCAAAGAUCUUCGGCCAUUGAUGGACGGCGUGUUGUUUUUGUUGGUGUCGUCAUUAUUUCAUCUCUUAGGAAAUUAAUUUCAAUCACUUAUCA